GGGGGGGGCAUACUCGCUCUCAGAACACGCCCUUCUUCUGCCUCUGUCGUCCUGUAGUCGAGACGAGUCUCGACGUUGCCAGACUCUCGUGUUGUGCUAAAAGAGAAGUCGAGUGGGUUCUUGUUCCCGAAUGAGUGAGGACUAUGUGCAGGCAGGAAAACAAUGGCGGAGGCCGGCGCACUUGAAGAACUCCAGUCGGAACUCACCUGUCCGGUGUGUCUGGAGAUCUUCCGCGAUCCCGUCAUCCUCGAGUGCGGACACCACUUCUGCCAGGUUUGCAUCGUUCAGUGCUGGGAGGCCAAGGCGGACGAGCUGUCCACUUGCCCCAAGUGCCGCAAAACCUGCGCGCGCAAACUGAGGCCCAACUCGCUCCUGUGUAACGUGGUUGAGAGCGUCCGUCGAGCCCGGGCCAUGGACGCCGUCGCCCGGGGUGAGGGUGGGGCCCCGCCGCCGCCCCCCUGCUGGGAGCCCGACGGUCCGCCGGAGGACCUCGAGGAGCGCGAGCCCGGCUGCAGCAUGAGCAGCCUCGCCUCGUCCGUCGGGCACUGGCCGCGCCUGUUCGGAAUGGACAUGUGCGAGGAACACGAGGAGAAACUCAAGCUGUACUGCGAGGACGACCAGCUGCCAAUAUGUCUGGUUUGUGGCAUGUCCCGGGACCACAAGACACACAACGUCAUCCCCAUUAACGAGGCCUUUGAGAACUACAAGGAUAAGCUUUCUGUGGCUCUGGAGAGAGUUCAGCAGCAGUCAGAGGAUGCCUCACUUUUCCAAAAAUGUACCAAUAAAAAAAUCCUUCUGAUUAAGGAACAAGCAGGGGAUCUGGAGGAAAUGGUCACUGCUGAAUUCGGCCGUCUGAGGGAAUUCCUCCAGGAGGAGGAGGAUCGCAUCAAGCAGAAACUGCAGAAGCAAAAGGAGGAGAAACUCACAGAGCUGGAGGAGGCUCUCACGGAGGCCACGCAGCAAAUCAGCCGGCUGGAAAGCAUCGCUGACCAACUCCACCUCAAACUGAUGGAGGAAGAAAACCCCGAGCAACUCAAGGGAAUUAAAGAUUUCAUUGGCGGGGCUGAGAGCUUGUUUGAGCGCCCCCCAGAUGUGAGUGUGGAUCUGCAGUCAGGAGAGUUUCUGGGACCUUUGCAGUACAGGAUCUGGAGGAAAAUGAGCACAGUUUUUCAGCCUGCUGUGACGGCAGUGUCACUGGACACAGACACAGCCUACCCCUGUCUGUGGGUUUCCUUAUGCCGCACCAGCGUCCAGGUGGGCAAACUCCAGCCCAACCUGCCCAACAACCCGGAACGCUUCACUCGCUACAACAUCGUCCUCGGCUCGGAGGCCUUUUCUUCGGGCAGACACUACUGGGAGGUGGAGGUGGGGUCUAAGACGGCGUGGGGUCUCGGCGUGGCCCGAGCUUCUGUCAACAGGAAGGAUGAGAUUAACCUCUCCCCCGAGGACGGUUUCUGGACUGUGGUGAUGAGGGACAACGGAGACGGCACCAGCGAGUAUGAAGCGUGCACAGACACAGAGGAGGAUAGCUCGUUAUAUCCGGUCAAACCUCUCAGGCGGGUGGGAGUCUAUCUGGACUGCGGUCGCGGCGAGGUGGCAUUUUAUGACGCCGGAGACAUGAGCCACCUGUUCACCUUCUAUGAUGCCAAAUUCGAUGAGCCAGUUUACCCAUAUUUUAAUCCCUGGCCUAUUAUUAACGGAUACAACUGGGAGCCGCUGACCAUUGUCACGCCACGCUGGGCAUAGAUUGGUUAGCACAUUUAGCUUCAAGAUGUUGAAAUGUGUUUUCUGGGUAAAUGUAAUGGUGGUGAGAAAAGAUUGAUGACCAUACAGUGAACCUCCGCAUAUUCGCAGUUGAGCAUUCGCAAAUUCUGCGAUUUUUGAGAGUGCACCUUAAAUCAUUUAUUUCUGUUUUUGUGCUCAGGCAGUAAUGGUAAUUCUUUGGCGUCAUCUGGUGGCAUCUUGGUGCUGAAGUGGGUUGAGGAGCUUUCCGCCAUCUUGUGGUGUCUAUCGGAAAUUACAGUACAGUAUGUUUAGUAUAUAAAUGACUUUCAGAUUUUCGUUAUUCACGGCAGGGCUUGGUCCCUAACCCCACGAAUAGCGGGGGUUCACUGUAACAUGGAUAGGUUAAAAAAAUACUAAAAGGAUAAUAGUAAAGAAAUAGCACAUUAUAGAACAAAGGUUAUUGUAUACUGUAUAGGGCCCUUGUACCAUGCAGUGUGAAGAAUCUCUUCGGCCUUCGGGGGCCAAAACUAAUCCUUUUUUUGCAAGCGUGUGUAUUCUGUUGAAAAUGUAUGUAUUUGUGUGGUGCUGAACACAACCACCCCCAAAACUCAUUAAGUACUGUUUCCUGGAAAGUUUGACUUGAUCAACACGAAACUCAACGACACCAAAAUCAUAACAGGAUGCACGAAAAAGUCUCAAGGACCCAUGGUCAAAAUUGAAGAGGAAGUCAGACAAUUUGAGGAAAUUUGCUCAAAUGAGCCCUAAUGAAAAGCGACCAAAACUGUAUUGUUCACUUUGAUUUGAAGAUUGACGGAAAUUCAUUAUAAGGUUUGAUGUUGGCGGUAAGAGUAGAAUAUAGAAAACAUUUCUAAAACAUUCCAGAAGGAGCGCAUACAGUGGUGUGAAAAAGUGUUUGCACCCUUCCUGAUUUUUUGUUUUUUUGUUUCCCAUCAUCAAACAAAUUUAAAUAUUAGUAAAAGACAACAAAAGUAAACACAAAAAUACAGUUUUUAUAUGGUUUUUAUAAUUAAGGGAGAAAAAAAUCCAAACCUACAUGCCCCUGUGUAAAAAGGUGAUUGCCACCCGUUACAACAUAACUGUGACUUAUCAUACUUACUUUCUCUAGCGACACCCAGGCCUGAUACUACCACAUCUGUUCUCAAUCAAGAAAUCACUUAAAUAGGACCUGCCUGACAAAGUGAAGUAGACCAAAAGAUCCUCAAAAGACAUCAUGCCGAGAUCUAAAGAAAUUCAGGAACAAAUGUGAAAGAAAGUAAUUGAGCUCUAUCAGUGUGGAAAAGGUUAUCAAGUCAUUUUUAAAGCUUUGGGACUCCAGCGAAACACAGUGAGAGCCAUUAUCCACAAAUAGUGAAAACAUAGAACAGCGGUGACCCUUCCCAGGAGUGGCCGGCCGACCAAAAUUACCCUAAGAGCGCAUUGACGACUCAUCUAAGAGGUCCCAAAAGACCCCACAACAACAUCCAAAGAACUGUGGGCCUUACUUGCCUCAGUUAAGGUCAGUAUUCAUGACUCCACCAUUAGAAAGGGACUGGGCAAAAAUGGCCUGCAUGGAAGAGUUCCGAGAUGAAAACCACUGCUGAGCAAAAAGAACAUUUAGGCGUAUCUCAAUUUUGCCAGAAGACAUCUUGAUGAACCCCAAGACUUUUGGGAAACUACUCUGUGGUCCGACGAGACAAAACUUUAACUUUUUGGAAGGUGUGUGUCCCGUUACAUCUGGCGUAUGAGUAAGAACACAUUUUAGAAAAACAACAUCAUACCAACAGUAAAAUAUGUUGGUGGUUGUGUAAUGUUCUGGGGCUGUUUUCUGCCGCAGGACCUCGAAGACUUGCUGUGAUAUAUGGAACCAUGAAUUCUGAUGGCUACCAAAAAGUCCUGAAGGAGAAUGUCCAGCCAUCUGAAAAACCAAAUGAAGACUGUAGUGGCCGACUCAAAGUCCUGACCUGUGAUGUUAUGGCAUGACCUUAAAAAGGCGGUUCAUGCUCGAAAACCCUCCAAUGUGGCUGAAUUACAACAAUUCAUAAUUCCUCCACAGCGCAGUAAGAGACUCAUUGCAAGUUUUCACAAACGCUUGAUUGCAGUUAACAAUAAUACAAAAGACUGCCAGUUUAUUAAAAGAAAAACACAAGUUAAAAGCCAGGCGGCACGAUGGACAAUUGCCUCACAGUUCUGAGGACCCGGGUUCAAAUACGGUACCCCGCCUCUCGCCCAAAGAUAGCUGGGAUAGUCUCCAGCACGCCCGUGACCCUAGUGAGGAUAAGCGGUCCGGAAGAUAUUUUUAUUCUAAUGCUUAACUGCAUCUAAAGCGUUUAACUUCAUGGUUUGUAAUUUUUACAAUAUCUCAAUGUCAUCACAUCCUACAAGUAUAGAUAGAGGGAGAGCUGUAAUAUAUUUUAUAAUCUCCUUUUGAGCUUGCUGAUUUAUUAUUAUUAUUAUUUUUUUGCCUCAAUAAAUUCAUAACCAAUUGGAGCUGCUCUCUAUAUGUUGCCGCUAGAGACCAGAACUGGCUUUUAACUUGCAGGCAUACAUAUAUUUUCUAAACUGCCUAUCCUCACUAGGAUCGCGGGUAUGCUCCAGCCUCUCCCAGCUAACUGCGAGCGAGAGGCAGGGUACACCCUAGACGGGUCGCCAGCCAAUCGCAGGGCACAGCUAAACAAACAACCAUUCACAAUCACAUUCACACCUACGGGCAAUUUGGAGUCUUCAAUCAACCGACCACGCAUGUUUUUGGGAUGUGGGACGAAACCGGACUACUCGGAGAAAACCCACGCAGGCAGGGGGAGAACAUGCAAACUUCACACUGGCGAGAACGGAUUUGAACCCAGGUCCUCAGAACUGUGAGGCAGUUGUUCACCGUGCCGCCUGCCUUUUAACUUGUGUUUUUCUUUUAAUAAACUGGCAGUCUUUUGUAUUAUUGUUAUAAUGCAUAACACAGAAGAGGCAGACUUGUAACAAAAUCCAUUGUCGAGGUGAAACUACCAUUUAUAGAAUAAUUUAAUCCUACAGCUGUGAAUAUCUUAUGUCCAGGUGAAUCAGCGGAUUCAGUGUCACCUCAUAGGGUCCACCAUGUAGAAAGAGCUUCUUUUCCAGAGCCAGCUUGAUAAAUUGCUUUCGUGCUUGUGGAGUCAACUGGAUAUCUGUCACCUGUGAUACAAACAAAUAAAUAAUGAGAAGAAGAACGUGUCUGACCUGAAUAAAUGUGUCUAUUAUUCAUG